GUGGAUACUCCUUGAAGGAGGAUGCGAGUGCUGCAGUAGCAGCUGUACAUUAAGAGAAAAUCCAAAUGGGAGCCAGAUAACCCCUAGUGGGGUUUUGACCCCCCUUGCUGCUUAAGGAGAGGAGUAUGCAAAUGACCAGAUCGUUGGUACAAGAUAAAGACUGAGUCUUGCUGUGUGUGCUGUAUCCCAGAUCUGCAGAGCUAUGAGCUAUGGAGGAGGCAGGCAGCUCCCUGCGGCAUCCCCGACCAUCUUCACCCACUACCCUGCUACCUGCCCACCUCUCCUGCCCUGCUCUCUUACACCUCUUCUGCCUGCUGCUUCUCUCCUGUGCCCCUCCUUGGGCAGCUGCAGUAUCACAGACAGCUCCACACUGCAAUGAGACUGCGGGAGGCACCGCUGGCACACUGGCAGAUGAUGAACAGCCGUCUCAACACAGAAGCAGCAGUAGUGAUAGCGGUAACCACAGUAUGAACAAUGGAGUGCACAAAGAAAUCACAUUGCCCUCGAGACUUGUCUAUUAUAUUAACAAAGAAUCCGAAAGUCCACAUCAUGUGUUGGAUACCAGAGCAAGGGAUCAGCAAAAGCAUAAUAAGGCUGUGCAUCUUGCUCAGACGAGCUUCCAGAUAGAGGCAUUUGGCACCACGUUUAUCCUUGACCUAACAUUGAACAAUGACCUGUUGUCGUCAGAUUACACGGAGAUUAAAUACCAAGAAGGAAAGCCAAAACAGAGCAAGGGAGGAGAACAUUGUUACUAUCAUGGAACGAUCAGAGGUGUCCAGAACUCAAGAGUGGCUAUUUCUACAUGCAAUGGUUUACAUGGCAUAUUUGACGAUGGCAUCAACACUUACUCCAUUUAUCCUGUGGACAUAGCUCACAGUACUGAAAGCACAAGUCGACCGCAUAUCAUCGAGAGAACUCCAGGGUCCCAAAUCUCCACGCAAGCAAAUAAUUUAGAUACAGAAAGACAAGUUGGCAUCCUGCAAACACCCUUUAAGCAAGCACAAUGGCUAAGAAGACGAAGAAGGAAAAGAGCGCUAAAUCAGGCACACCGUGGAAUAUUUGAGGAGACAAAGUAUGUGGAGCUUAUGAUCGUGAAUGACCAUCAGAUGUACAAGAAGCACCGUUCCAAUGACAUGUAUACCAACAACUUUGCAAAAUCAGUAGUAAAUCUAGUUGAUUCGAUUUACAAGGAGCAGUUGAACACACGCGUGGUUUUGGUUGCUGUUGAAACGUGGACAGACAAGGAUCGUAUCCCUAUUGGUCCUGACCCUAUGAAGAUGCUACGUGACUUCUCUAAAUAUCGACAGAACCACAUCAAACAGCACGCCGAUGCUGUGCAUCUUUUGUCGAACGGAACAUUUCAUUACAAAAGGAGCAGCAUGAGCUACUUUGGAGGAGUAUGCUCCAUCUCCAGAGGAGUUGGGGUGAAUGAGUAUGGGAUUCUGUUGUCAAUGGCACAACAAUUGGCCCAAAGUCUAGCACAAAACCUUGGCAUUCAGUGGGAGCCAGCGUCACGAAAACUGAAACCAAAAGAAUGUGACUGUACAGAAAACUUUGGGGGAUGCAUCAUGGAGGAGACAGGAGUGUACCAUUCACGAAAGUUUUCAAAAUGUAGCAUCGCUGAGUACAAAGAAUUCCUCGUCCGUGGUGGAGGAGCCUGUCUUUUUAAUAGACCAACUAAGCUGUUUGAGACGGCAGAAUGUGGAAAUGGUUAUGUGGAGGCAGGAGAAGAGUGUGACUGCGGUUUCCGAUUAGAUUGCUUUGGAGAUUGCUGUAAGAAAUGCUCCCUGUCUAAUGGAGCUCAUUGUAGCGAUGGACCCUGCUGUAACACAUCAUGCUUGUUCCUUCCGAGGGAGUAUGAUUGUCGCAACGCGGUGAAUGACUGCGAUAUUACGGAGUACUGCACCGGGGAUUCAGGGCAGUGUCCGCCUAACCUUCAUAAACAAGAUGGAUACUCCUGUGAUUCCAACCAGGGACGCUGUUACAACGGGGAAUGCAAGACAAGAGACAAUCAAUGCAAACACAUCUGGGGAUCUAAAGCUGCAGGUUCAGACAAGUUCUGCUACGAGAAGCUUAAUACAGAAGGCACGGAGAAAGGCAACUGUGGGAAAGAUGGGGAGCGCUGGAUCCAGUGCAGCAAACAUGACGUAUUCUGUGGGUUUUUGCUUUGCACAAAUGUAUCCAAGAUUCCACGUAUUGGCCAGUUAAAAAGCGACAUAUCUCCUACGUAUAUUAAUCACCAAGGGAGAGUGGUAGACUGCAGCGGUGCACAUGUUCUUUUGGAUGACGAAACUGAUAUGGGAUACGUGGAAGAUGGGACUCCAUGUGGCCCAUCAAUGAUGUGUUUAGACAGAAAGUGUCUACCAAUUCAGUCACUAAACAUUAGCAGCUGUCCCAUGGGGUCUAACUGGAAAGUUUGCUCCGGACACGGGGUUUGUAGCAGUGAGGCUACCUGUAUAUGCAGUUCCACUUGGGCCGGAACGGACUGCAGUAUCUAUGACCCAAAGAAAGAGUCCAACAACAAGAAGAAAGACGUACCAAAGGGUCCUAGUGCCACCAAUCUUAUAAUAGGCUCCAUCGCUGGAGCCAUCCUGGUAGCAGCUAUUGUCCUUGGGGGGACUGGAUGGGGCUUUAAAAACGUCAAAAAGAGGCGAUAUGAUCCAUCUCAGUCGGGAAUAUGAAGUAGCACAUUUUGGAAACUGUCUUCCUGCACUGUUGGUACAGGGACACUGGAAAUCUCUAUCUCAUCUAUAAAAAUAAUCAAAAACUAUAUUUAAACACUGAU